GUGUGAAUAAAAAAGGAAAAAAGGAAGGGCAAAAUUGUAAAUUUAUGGGAAAAAAAAAAGGGUGUUUUGAAUUAUUGCCCAACGCGGUGGCUUGUAAAUGCAACCUAAGAAAUGCUUUCAUUUUUGUCAAAAGAGGGUUUGGGCUCAUUUUCAUGCAUUUUCCCUCCGCUCCGGUCGACUAUCAUUUUUCUUUCAAAGAGUCCACCUAAUGCAUAAUGUCUGAACUCUCAAGUCAGUUGAAUCUGUUCCAGUCAAAAGUGUCCGAAGAAAUUGGUCAUUAUCAAGCUGAAUAUGACCGUUGGCUGAAUUACAAACGCGAUUAUGAAGCUCUUGAGCGUCAACUCUCCACUUUACCGGACACUGUAUCUAAACAGGCCAUGAUACCCAUGGGCCCUUUAGCCUUUAUGCCCGGUAAAAUUAUUCACACCAAUGAAAUUUUAGUCCUCUUGGGAGAUAAGUAUUACGCAGAAAGAACGGCCAAACAAGCCAUGGAAAUAGUAGGACGUCGAAAAGAAGUGGUAGAGGAGAGCCUAAGACUAGUGAAAGCUCAGUUAAACAGUGCAGAAACAAAGAAAGCAUCCGUAUUAGAUAGUCUACAGCACACACAAUACAAUGAGGAAGGAUUACCGAUUAUGGAUAUUAGAGAAGAACUGCCACCAACCACGCCAACCAAGGGAAAUGAAGGCGGCAAAAACAAAGGCAAGAUGGCUCAAGAGUACUCUCCCUCAACAACAACCACAGCAGAGAGUGACUUACCAGAAUCAGUGUUGCGCGCAAGAAGAAUGAUGAAAGAAGCCGACGAAAAGAUCAAACAACAGAAAGGAGUCGACAAUGAGAAUAAAGCUCUCUUUGAACUUUUAAGCGAAUUAGAAGCAGAGGAAGAGGAACAAGAAGCUGCAGGCAUCCAUAAUAUAAUAGAAAAACCGCCUAUUUAUACCAAAUUCAUGAAUGCAGAUAAAGAAGACGAUCGACCAGCCGGGAGUAAGAAACGAGAUUCCCGCUUCGGGUCCGAUGAUAGCGAUGAGGAGGAGGACGAUGACGAGGAGGACGAACGCUAUGAUACAGAGAUUGCAGACAAUCUGUUUGAUAAAUUCACUGACGAUCCAUUGGAAGGUGUCGUGGACCAAGAAGAUUUUACAACCUACGAGGAUAAUCAUUCGGAUGAAAGAGAAGAAGAGGAGGAGGAAGCAGAGACCAUCGAAACAAUGACGUCCUCUGUGAAGGAAUUGUACAUCGAACCUAAAGAACCAAAAAGAGAUACUGCAAAAGUGAUGGAAAAAGGGUUCAAUGAUGCAGAUGAUAGUGACAAUGAGAGAAGCACACCAAGACUAAUAACCAAGAUGAAGAAGAAGAAGGAGAAGAAGAGAGUGACGUUUGCUGAUUCUGUUCAACCUACACAAGGAGAACUCGAAAACGCAGAAGAAAGGAAGAAGACGAUCAAAUCUCCGGCUGACAUAUUCAAGGUGAUUCGUAAAUCCCAGAAUAGCACCUCUACAGAAGAGGAUGAUGGUGAUGAUUAUUUGAAAAACAUAGAUACAGAUGAAGCAGCACAAAGCAACGAUGUAGAUAUCAAUGAGCUUAUCCAAGCUGCUCGUGAAAGCGCAAAGGAAGCUCUCUACAGACCCGCAGAUGGAUCUGACGUUUUGAUUCCUAUGGUCAAGGAGCGCUUUUCAGAACCAGCAGAAUCAUCCGAAUCAUUAAAAGCCUCAUCUGACAAGAAGGAGAAGAAGAAUAGUAAAUUAGACAAUAAAAUCAUGAAGGGCGCCGUCAUGGAACAUGACAUUGCACCUGUUGACCCGGAAGAAGUGGAAGAAGAUAUGGAUUUACGAGAAAUUACCGCUAGUUAUCAGCAGAAAAGACUAAAUAUGCUGGCAGCAACAGGCAGCCUCUCGUUUGAACCGAAACCUGAGUUUGAAGUGUUUGACGAAGAGUUGCCUUUACCUAAAAAAGAAGAAGAGAAAGAAGAAGAUAUACCUGAAGUCAAGCCCAAGAAGAAGAUAUCCAGGUUCAAAGCUGCAAGAUUGGGUAUGCGAAUGGAUGAUAACACUAUGUAAGAGUGAAAGAAGUCUCUAUGAUUCUCAUUAUUUAUUAUUAAAAGGUCUAAUUGAAUGCUUGGGAAUAUGAGCCUAUUAUUGU